AUGGUUGCUAAUAUGGCAAAGAAAAGGGGAAUAUCACAGACAGUUAUUGGGAUGGUGUUCAGCGUAUUUUCCUUGUCAUACGGCAUAGGAUCGCUCCUAAUAGGCAAAAUGAUACCAAUCGUUGGUGCCCGUUUCGUGUUUCUCGCCGGUUCAUUUUUCACGGGAGGUUGUAACAUUCUGUUCGGGUUUAUUAUCGACAUGCCCACAAUCGCUACUUUCACUGGGUUCAGUUUCGCCAUUCGCAUUUUAGAGGGGCUCGGCUCGGCUGCUGUGCUGACGGCAUCAACGGCCAUCGUAGCUUCUGUAUUCCCUGACGAUGUUGGCAAGGCUGUGAGUCUGGUUGAGACGACUGUCGGCUGUUCUUUUGCAAUUGGGCCAGCAGUAGGCGGCUUGCUGUAUCACGCUGCAGGAUUUAGAAUUCCUUUCUUCGUCCUUGGUGGUAUCGUUCUGUCGACCGUUGUCGUCAAUUGCUUCUUGAUGCCUAAUCAAGGGAACGAGGCUGAGGAGUCUGGUUCUGUGAGCCGAGUGCUCAGCAUACCUGCCGUCUGGAUUGCUUUAUUCGCCAACUUUGUUGGCUUUGCAGCCUACGCGUCCCUGCAGCCAACUCUGGCAAUUUUUCUGGACGAGCUUAAUUUUAGUGUGAUGGCGAUAAGUCUGCUCUUUGUUAGCUUGGGUUUGGGCUACGGCUUAUUCUCAGUGAUCUGGGGUGCCAUUGCGGACGCAAAGAAAUGCGCUAGAACACUGAUUGUAGUAGGUGCAUCCAGCAGCGGGGGACUGUUUCUGCUGUUAGGGCUACCACAGAUUUUGCACUUGCCUGUGACUGGGGUACUUCCUGGCGUUACCAUACCCAUCGCAGCCGCAACGUUUUCCAUGUUGGCUACUCCAACGUUCGUAGACAUGUUACGUUCUGCAGAGUGGUAUGGCAUACCGAGUGGAUUAGGAUUGACUGCUGUUAUAUCUGGCCUUUGGAACAGUGCGUACGCACUCGGCUCAUUGACGGGCCCGUUGCUAGGGGGCGUCAUCACAGAGUAUUACGGGUUCGGCUAUUCGAUUAUGACCAUCGCUUGUACCUCUUUCGCUGUUUUGAUCAUCACGUGUCUUUUUGGCAUCUGGGAGUUUCGAUGCGGAAAAGGGAGGCGGGAACCACGCGAGGCUUUUUCUUCGGAGGACAACUCGAAUGAUCAGGAGAUGAGACUACUGUCUUCAAAGUAGAUUGACAAUUGGUAUAACUGUAUAUUAACCAUCUUGCUGCAAAUGUCCAGCGUAACUGGAAUGUUUUUGUUUCUUUUCGUUACAUACUUUUAUGGUUGAGUUUAUCUGGGAGCCAACUGGACUUCCAAAUAUGGUUGUGCCCAAACUUGGGAGAUGACAUGGAUUCAGGAAUGAUUAUAAGCUCGCAUGACAGGGGUAGUAACAUCACACGCUUUUGUAUUAUUCAACUAAACUAGCGGGGUGGAGUCAUACACGUACUGUACUUAUGUUUACUUUGACCUCAAUUUGCAUGUUGACCACAAGUGGGCGUGGUAAGUCUUGUUGAAAACAUGCAAUAUAAGACAAUUACAUUGCACCUGAAACAACAGUACAACAACCCAUCAGUAUCUAGUGCUGAAUCAACUGUGCCAACAAAAGAGAAACAUCUGGCAUGUCUGGUAGGCCUAUAGUCUCUAUUUGUACACAUUUCCUCAUAAUGUGCAACAUAUUGAAGACAAUUAUCCCUUAAAAAAAUGAAUUGAAUCUUCAAACUUGGUUGGUGAAAUACUGAGGACCUUUUUUUGCCAAAUGAAAUUGUUUGAGACUUCAUGCUAUCAUUUUGCAUGUUUUUCAGCACUCAAGCUCCCAGUCCGGGAUAAUAUGAGCGAUUUUGAACUAGGCUGUCUCGAUACUGCUCCAUAAUCUUAUAAUGUAGGUCUUAAUGAUGAGUUUAGUGAAGAACCAACAUGAGAAGUUUCAUGCUUUAGUAACAUUGUAUCAGCUAUUUGACUUUAAUAGCCCCACUACUGCCGCUAAAGAUUCAAUUUGGGCGAUUCACAAUGCACUGCGCCACCAAGAUUUUGCCACGGAGAGUUCGUUUUUCAAGGUCACA